AGCCCGGUUUGUCGGGGUCAGUCUAUCCGCCGGGAGAUCAGCAUGGCGCAGACAGAACAAAACAAAGAGCUUCGCUUGCUCCCACAGGAUUUAAAAGCUGUUUGUCUCUGCUAGUCUGUCGCCCUUUUCAAGCUGUAUAAUGACCUGACCCACCGCUGGACGCCUAGAACCAUUCUUUCCUUCAACAUCAUCGUUUAGAAAAGACAGAAUCAUGGCCAGCGACGACCGAGCCGGCGAAUCUAGGCCGCUUCUUCCGGGCCCAAACAAAAUGGUGGACUACGACGCGGCCCUUGGCUACAUUGGAUCGUUCGGGACCUACCAGAAGAUCAAGUUUGUUCUACUGUUGCUGUUGUGCAUUCCUGUUGGGAUCCACAUGUUGGCCAUGCCGUUCUUAGCAGCCAAGGUAUCUCACCACUGCGCAGUCCCAGAACUCGCGGAGGCAGGACUAGCUCCAAACGACUCCUGCGGACUCAACUACUCUCUCCCCUGGGUGACAGACAAGGAUGACAACACAGAGACACCUAGCGAGUGUAAGCGGUACAGCGUCAACAGGUACGAGUUGGGAAAUCUGAGCUGUCCAUUCGAACGUAACCACAGUGAAGCGAACAGAACAGUUUUGGACUGCGACAAGGGGUGGUGGUACGAUAGAAGAGUCUACAACAGCAGCGUGUAUAUGGAGUUCAACUUAGUUUGCGAGGAUGAACCUUUGAACAACCUGGCACAAUCCCUGUUCAUGGUCGGCGUUCUGAUUGGCUCCAUCGUGUUUGGACAGUUAUCAGACUCUAUCGGAAGAAAGAAGACGAUGUAUUUGGCUGUACUCUUACAACUUGGUUUCGGCGUGGCGACCGCCUUCGCUCCGAACUACGAAGUUUUUGUGGUCCUCCGUCUUUUGGUUGGCUUCACCGCCAUGGGAGUCUUUCUACCGGCUUUUGUGAUCGCGACAGAAAUGGUUGGCGUGGACAGAAGAACUCUGACAGGAACCCUGAUCCAGUCGUCCUUCUCCGCGGGCGGGGUGGUGCUGACUGGAAUAGCCUACCUCAUCAGGGACUGGAGCCGGCUGCAACUCGUCAUCUCACUCAUCAACGUCGUGUUAGUCCUUACAUGGUGGUUUGGAAUCGAAUCUCCAAGAUGGCAGCUCUCCAAAGGGCGGAAUGAGGAGGUAGUGCGCAUGAUCCGCCGCGCUGCAAAGGUCAACGGGGUCACGGUUCCAGACGAAGUGUUCCAUGCCGGGAGGAAACAAAUCACAAAUGAUAAUAAGAGGCAGUACAACAUUUUCGAUAUUGUCCGGACUCCAAACAUGGCCAAGAAAUCUGUCAUAAUUUUUCUCAACUGGUUUGUGGUGACCGUAGUGUGGUUCGGGUUAGCCUUGAACACGGCACAGUUGGGCGGGAACAACUAUCUCAACUUCCUCAUCAUGAAUCUCGUGGACUUUCCAGCACAGCUGUUUUCCAUCUUCACAGUUAGUUACUUCGGAAGACGCCCCUCCCUAACUUUCUUCAUGCUGUUCGGUGGUGUUGCCUGUAUCGUAACGCCGUAUCUAUCUCCACCGUUCCUUCCGAAAUAUCUGCACCCGUUAUCAGUCACUCUCCCCAUGAUCGGCAAGUUCGGCAACACCGCUGCUUUCUCCGUUAUCUAUGUCUGGACUGCCGAACUGUACCCAACUGUGGUCAGAAAUGUUGGCGUUGGAGCCUCUUCCAUGUGGUCCAGAGUCGGCGGCAUCGCUUCCCCCUUUGUGAUGUUGUCAGAACAAGUCUGGGGACCUCUUCCGUACCUGAUCUUCGGGGGUCUGUCCGUGGUGGCCGGCCUGGCCGCCUUACUGCUGCCCGAGACACGAGGUGUCCGUCUACCGGAUACACUGGAGGAAGGAGAGAACUUCGGAAAACGUACCGCCUACAAAGGAUAUACACCUGUACCUGCCGAGGAGAAAGUACCGGAGACAACCUGUAGUAAUCCAGGCUUAAGACAUGAUGAUGAGACGGUGAAAGAAGACCCAGAGGCCGUCUUAACUGACAACAAAGCAGCCAUACAGUGUUCUGAGGACUGUUAGGUAGACUACUUGGAAGCUACUAAGUACAUUCCUGUAUGCAUAUAUUCUGAAAAAUUCAACAAUAAAUACAUCUUAUUAAUAAAUAGAUAAAUACGUUUUCAUGGCCAACAUGGCAUAUCCAACUCAAUUCAUUCACAUUCCAGUGGCAGUGAAACUGUUAACCACACCCUGUUUAAUACAGCUAUUAUUUAGAAACCUGAAAAAUUUGAGGAUGAACAUGAAAAAUGAAAUGUAUUUAGGUUUCUGCAGUGACCGUAAAACAUGAAAUACCCUUUUAUCUUUGAAUUUUUAGAAUUAAAGACAAUGUAACGUUAUAGUUUCGCGGUUGUCAUUACUUUACAUUGUAUAUUCUUGGUUAUGUGAAGCUGACCUGUAUAUGUGCAACAAUCCCUCAAUUCUUUAUCUUUUUACUCUACAUUUCAAAAGUGUCUUGAAGAGUAACUCCGUCAACUUGGCAAGAUGCCUAAUUUAGACUGAUGUGAAUACCUCGUUACUAGACUUAAGUCUGGCUGUUAGUGUUGGCUCAAUCUAUCCUCACUGAGAAAACAUCUUAAACAUUUUAAAAAGGCUUUGGCUCCACUUCCCAAAGAUUACAAGUCGAUCUUCCACGAUGUUCUCUGCUGGUGUGUCCGUUACAAUUCUCCCUUUGUCGGCAGAUUCAGCCGCACGGUGGUUUGUUAUGGAUGUUCCCUUUUCUUUUCCUCCCUUGCCAGAGCUGAUCGUCGACUCCAAGUUUCCCCCAUAACUUUCUGCACAAAGAGAUUACAUUCUGUUGCAUUGUUUUAAAAGUCAGACUAG